AUGUCAAAACGCACACUAGAAUCAUUCUUCAAGCCAAAAGCCAGCACCAACCCCGCGAAGCGCGUCAAAACCAACGACACAUCCAACGAUGGGCCUUUAGAAACAAAUGAGACCGACGCCAAAGACGACGCGACUACCGACACCGGACCGCCAGACACUCAUCCCAGCUAUCCCAUUCCCAUUCCUCAACUCCCCUCACACAUAUCCGUGGGCCUCACCCACGGAACACCCGCCAAAGAUCCGCGUGCGAUCAACAACCAGCCCGAUCUCGAUCUGCUCUAUUUCCAACCGUUCAUCGCUCGACCUACCGCUAAUGAGCUAUUCAAGUUUCUCCGUCGCGAGUUGCCCUUCUACCGAGUUCAAUAUACGAUCAAGCGCGGGACCCUCGAGACCGAAAUCAACACCCCGCGAUAUACCACCGUCUUUGGCAUCGACGAUACUUCAAUGUUCAUACACGAUCCAGAUCGUCAACCAUCCUCAAAGGGAUCCGACUCAACCCCAGAUCUGACCACCGAACACAAACAAGGACACCCCCAAUCGGCCCCAUUCUCAACCCUCAUUCCCGUCGAAAAGACCUCCAAAACACCCAUUCGCGCCUCGAAAUACCAAUACACUCCCCGCCCAAUCCCACCAUGUCUCACCCACCUUCAGACCGCCGUGGAGUCCGCCACCGGCGCAACCUACAACUUCUGCCUGGUGAAUUACUACGCAGACGGAAACGACAGUAUAUCCUACCACUCGGAUGACGAACGAUUCCUCGGCGCACUACCCGACAUUGCAUCGCUCAGUCUAGGUGGAGAGCGUGAAUUCCUCAUGAAGCACAAACCACCUCCACAGACUUCGCAGGAGACAUCUUCCCCGGCAACAAUAACCAACCCGGCCCCGGGAUCCGUGGCACAGACCCAACCGAUCAAGAUGCCCCUGUCAUCGGGGGACAUGGUUGUCAUGCGUGGAUCGACCCAAUCACAAUGGUUACAUAGUAUUCCGAAGCGGAAGGGGAAAAGGGGAGACGCGGUACGAGGACGGAUCAAUAUCACUUUUCGGCGGGCGAUGAUUCCCGCGGGAACGAACAACUACUAUCGGUAUAAUGUUGGAGUCGGGCCCGUUUGGAGGUGGGACGAGAGUGAGCAGGAGAUGAUGGCUAGACCGGAGAAGUUCAGCGACGAGGGAGCGACUUGA